AUAUUCCACAUUUCUUUGUUGCAUCACAGUGUCUGUGUUUGGUUCCAGCUCUGUUCUCCUCUCAGUCAAAUUUUCUUUCUGUGACUUUCUCCGGGAUCGUCUCCAUGGAGAACCAGACUUUCAAUACAGAUAUGCUGAAUCUUGAAGGGUUAAAGGUCAGCCCAGAGGCUUCUAUUCCUGUCUUCACCUUCCUCCUCCUCACCUACAUCUUCAUCAUGGUGUCCAACAUCAGCCUGUUCAUCCUGAUCUCCUUGGAGAAGAGCCUCCAUCAGCCCAUGUAUCUGCUCUUCUGUAAUAUGAUUGUUAACGAUGUCUUUGAAGCAACAGCCAUCAUUCCACCUUUACUGAGUCAGAUUUUUGUUCCCAUCAUGGAUCGUUACAUUCACUACGUAAACUGUGUCAUUCAGGCCUUUUUUGCUCAUUUUCAUGCAUGUGCUACUCACACUGUGCUCAUGAUCAUGGCCUUCGAUCGAUUUGUGGCCAUUUGUAAGCCCCUGAGAUACUCCAUCAUCAUGACCAACAGGAUGGUGGUGAAGCUGUCUGUGUCGGCCUGGAUGCUGCCUGUUGCUAUGGUAUCCAUCCUGCUGGGCCUCUCCAUCCAUCUGUCACGCUGCAGGCAGGUUAUCUUUAACCCGUUCUGUGAUAAUGCCUCUUUGUUCAAACUGUCAUGUGAAAGUGUCCUUAUCAAUCAAAUCUACGGUCUCGGCUACACUGUGGUUCUGCUGGGCUCAUCUAUCGGCAUCGUCACACUCACCUACUUGAAAAUCGCAGCAGUGUGUUUAAGCCAGAGGAACAAAGUCCUGAACAGCCGGGCACUACAGACUUGUGCAUCUCACCUGACUUUGUAUCUCGUCUUGCUGGUGGUGGGUAUCGUUAACAUUACCCUGCAUCGUUUCCCCGGCUUAUCGGACCAACAGAAGAUAGCUUCCGUCUUGUUGCAUGUGAUCCCUCCUGCUCUUGAUCCUGGGAUUUAUGGGCUGCAAAUCCAAAUGGUCAGACAAAAAUUAUUAUCAUAUUUAAGAGUCCUGAAAGACAACAUGUAA